AUGGCCACGGGUGAUUGUCAAGGAUGCGCAGCCAUCCAAUAUAUGCCAGCGUCUGCAUCAUCACAACACCUGCAAAUGAUAGCACUGGCACGAUAUGGUGACCGAAAGGGCUUUUCAGAUGCCAAUCCACCGUUGUCGAAGACGUUUAUGAUCCCAGUGCGAAGCCGUCGGCGAAGGCAGAGUAAUCAGACCGAAGAAGGCGACCAAGUCCGGUCAAGCCCAUCAAGCCAGUGGAAUGACCGCGCAGUUUACCACCAACCCACGACCGGUGUGGAUAACAUAGGCCCUCGCUGCCAUAGCCUGCAGUAG